AUGGGCCGCGUGCGGGCACCAAAAUACUCUAGUCAACCUCGAGGCAUCCAAAAACCAAGACGGCCUCAGACGGCACGACACCAAAACCGCUCUAGGUGUACUAGAAACAAGAGUUCAUGUCGACAGUAUCUCGAAACAGAUAGCGAUUGCGUUGCAGAUCGUCUCAUCGAUACCCUUGAAAAAGAACCGCAAUCGACGUCUCAAUACCCUCUCGCGCAGCAGAGACAAGAUACACCUGCCGAUAGUCAAGACGACGAGCUAUCCAAUCCGAUAGAAUAUUGGGCCAGAGAAGGGAAGUGGCCACGGCAUUACUUCGAACCUAAAAUGGAGCAUUUAAUCGCCCGAAAAAAGCUCACAUUGUCCCUGAGCCGGAAGCGAUCGAGCUCCGGUACUUCCGUGACGCCCAGUGAUCAGAGGCCAAGGGAGGAGAAGAGCGCUCCAUACAUAGAUCCUCGCUACGUAACCCUACUCGAAGCCAACGGUAGUUUUCUUGAUGAAUCAGAUCUUGGGGUCGCCGACGAAAGCAAAAGGAAAUAUUUGUCAUUGCUCAGCACAGAGCAAACAAUCCCAAGCGACACUUUGUUUCGCGAUGAUCUGUUUAAAGAGACCUUCCGAAGCGUUCAAAAGCGGAAUGAGGCGAGAAUCAUUCGGGAUAUCACGCCUUUAAUCGUUCCCUCCGCUGAAAUUCUGCGAAUACGCGGAGCAAAUCACUUGAAAAUUCUAAUAGAAAGCCUGAAUGAAGGCUGGAACAACUCUGUCCCACUGACAGGGACUAGGCCGCAACCCGACUACUCCCUUGGCUUUAAACGCGAGGCGUUUAGCGACAGCCAGCUUGCCAAGUUAUCGCCUUACAUUGGCAACUAUAUCGGCGGAGACAAAUCUUAUUUCAUGGCGACAUACUCCAUGUACUUCCCGUUCCUAACAUGCGAAGUCAAGUGCGGUGCCGCUGGGCUGGAUAUAGCCGAUCGUCAGAAUGCGCAUAGCAUGACUCUAGCGGUAAGGGCUGUCGCCGAGCUCUUUCGUGGCGUCAAACGUGAAGACGAGGUCAACAGACAGAUCUUAGGGUUUUCAAUUUCGCAUGACCACAUGUCUGCACGGAUCUACGGCCACUAUGCGGUGAUUCAAGACAAAGACAUGAAAUUCUACUGUCAUCCAAUCCUAAACUUUAGCUUCACCAUCUCAGACGGGAAGGAAAGAUGGACGGCAUAUCGUUUUAUUCAAAAUAUAUACGAUGUUUGGAUGCCCGAGCAUUUUGCGAGGAUAUGCUCGGCUAUCGAUGAGAUACCGUCGGACCAAGAUCUUGAUGACCCGUCACUGCCAUCAACUGGGCUCUGA